UCUUCAGACGAAAAAAGAAAAAAAACCCUAUUAGCAUGAAAAACCCUAAUAGUAAGGUUUUCUGAAAUCUUGAAAGGAAUGGCGAAGAAAGUAAUAACACGGAGUGAGUUGUUAGAUCGAUGGAGAAUCAUUGAAGAUGAUUCUGAUGAUGAUGAUAACAAGCUUAUUCACAAAGAAACAUGGUUUGCAGAUACCUUCAGUCAUUUGGUUGGUUUGGCAAAAGACGAACAUAUCUGGUGUGCUUCAUGGGCUUUAAUGGGACCACUUCUUGAAACCUUUUACAACUAUUUCAAAGAUAAAGGUGAUGGUUCUCCUCUUAAACUACUUUGGAAGAGAAUUUCUCAAGAAAUGCGGCAGUGCGUGCUGUGCGUAUCUCAGCAUCAUCAAGCUCAAGAAAUGUAUAGUACUGAGUAUGAGGCGAGUUGCAUUAUCCCUCUUUUGAAAGUAUUACAGAGUCUUGAUGAGGAAAGGGUUACUCACCACCUCAAAGAACUAAAUGCUAAGAUAUCUGAAGGAGAUUAUGAUGGAGAGCUUCACAAUGCUGAAGUUGUUUGUGUCAUGUACGAGGUGUUAACUUACCCCAUUUUAUUAGAUGACCAAUCUUUGGCCAAUGAGUUCCAAAUAUUCAUUGAAGCUGUUGAUGAUUCUCAUGAGUUGAAGUUGACUGGACAACACCAAUAUCCGGGUGUUUAUGCACUACUUUUCCUGAAAAGUAGAGGAGCUCGUUCAAUUGGUCAUCGCCUUGCUGGGGAUAAUGGAAAGUUGAGGAUGACAGCAGAAUUGGAGCCAUUGCAGCCCUUACUAAAGAAAUGCAUUGGUUACUUAGAAAAAGAAUCUUUGCCGUCUGUGAUAGAGUCUUCAAGACCUAGACUGCAGCUUGAGCGGAUAAAUGUAUGGCUUGGCAUCAAAGCAUUGCUUGGGUUUCUAGAGCCUUCAGCGUUUGAAGAAGGGAUAUUGGAGAGGUAUCCAUCUUUUGUUAACAUUGUGCUCGACCAUGUUAGUGAUGAUUCCCUUGAAUUUAGUCAUGCAGUCAACUGCUUGCGGCUGCUAUUUGAAAUGCUUGGAUGUAAGCUAUGGUUGAGGACCACAUCGUCACCAAAUGUGAUGCGCAACACUCUAGUGGGCCAGUGUUUUCAUACUCGAAACGAGAAAAGCCAUAAAGAAAUUUUUGAUCUUUUCGAGCCAUUUUUACAGUCUCUUGAAGCCUUGCAAGAUGGGGAGCAUGAAAAACAGCGUAGGCACUUUCUCUAUUUUUUCCUUCAUCAAGUAAAUAUGAGCAGUAACUUCAGUGUUCUAAUGAGGAAGAAGGCUUGCCAGAUAGCUCUGCGAAUUAUACAUAGAGGCUAUAAGAUGAACCCGCCUUGUCCACCUUUCGAGUGCGCGCAUAUGUGGGGUCCUUCUUUAAUCUGUUCUCUGAAGGAUUCAUCUCUUCACAAUUCCCUGCGUCAACCAGCUUUUGAUCUUAUUCACGCUAUUAUAGUUUCUGAUGCUGCAGCUUUGAUAAGCUUAAUGUUGAAUGGGAAAUCCGUUUCUGUUGGGAAUAGUUCUGUUGAUUUUAAUGAAGAUGAAGAUGAGAUACUCUUUUCUUAUGAUUCUCAUGAUGUUGAAGAGAAGGAUGCCAGCUGUUGGAGCGACUUUAGUGCCCAAUGCAAACUGACUUCUCAGGAAUGUAGAGAGUGGAUGUGUAUUCCGAUGUUAUGGCUUGAUAUUCUAGUUGAAGUUCAGCCCUCAGCCCUUCCCAUAUCAUUUUCCAAGGCUGUUCUGUGGUCUUUAUCUCGAUUUUCUCUGUUAGAGCCUGAAAGCAUUACAGAAAUGGCAUUGUCGGUUGAAGAUUGGCUACAUAAAUAUGCUGGAACAAUAUUAACCUCAAUUGGGUGGGACGCACCAACUGGUUCUGAUGACGGUGGAGAUGGAAGGGUGUCAAAUAAUUCAAUCAAAGUAUCAGAGAUGCGUCUUCCUUUAAUAAAGACAUUCAAGAGGUGUGCUGCUCAUUAUGUUGUCCAAUUGGAAAAAGGCGAACUUUGGAAGCAAUGGAAAUGGGAGCCAAGUAUGGCUGAGAGCUUGACGCUAUUACUUCUGGAUCCAAACGAUAGUGUGAGACAAGUUGAUAGGCUUAUCCUCGAGCAUGUUUCAAAUACCAAGGGUCUUGCAUCUGGACUGCAGUUUCUUUGUUCAAGUGGAGCUUCACUUUCUGCUGUUUAUUUGGGAUUGAUACAUGCACUAAAACUGGUCCAAUUGGAGAACGUUGUAUCAAACUUUCCCUUCUUGCACCAUUUCUUGUUUAUUCUACGCAAACUUCUGCAAGAUGUAACCUCGUCUCCUGAGAAUAAACCAGGUAAUCCAGUUGGUAAUUCAAAUAUAUCAACGUUCUCAUCCCAAGGAGGUUUUCUGCCGCAGCCUGAUUUCGAUGCUUCACCAGUAAAUAGUCUUGAGCCAACAGUGGAUUUAAAAUCUUGGAAGAGUUUCAGUCGCUUAUUAUCUGAGAGUAUGUGGCCAUCUAUGAAGAAAUUGUUACUAGUAGGGAAAAGAUAUAUCAGUGAGAAACCUUCGCAGAUGACGUGUUUACGUUUGCUUGAGCUCGUCCCUAUUGUUUUUGAGAAGGUUAGUCUGUCUGUGCACAAGCAAUCAGUACGAGAUUCAUGCAGCGUGGAUUGGCUUCAUGAUUUGGUUGAUUGGGGAAAAUCAUCAAUUUUUGUUGUAGUCAUAUACUGGAAGAAAUCUGUAGUUUCAUUAAUGCGUUUACUUAAAGGUUCAUAUGAUGGUAAUUCUGCAAAGAUUAUUGGUUCCAUUGAAACACUUAUGCUGGGGGAUAACGUUGGAUUAGAUGAACUGAAGGAGAAAGUCUGCCGUCUCUCUGUUUCAUUAGCCAGUGACAUGUCUUCUUCCAUUGUUGCUGUUACAAACCUAAAAUCAGAUCGUCCUAUACCCAGAGGUUCUUUUGAGAGCAAUCCAGAGGUUUUGGAUUUGGUACCCCUGGCUGUGGUAAAAAGUCAUGAGAAAUUAAUCGUUCUCUCUGAUGAUGAGGCAGAGACAGAGGUGUCGGAAGUGACUGUUCCAUCGCACGGCAACCCAAGUUACUCUCGUAUGGAUGCCAAGACUCUGGAUUUUGCUGCUGAGAAAAGCAUAUUACCAAAUGAUCAUGGUAGGAAACUUGUUUCUGAAAAUAGCAACUAUAAAAAUUUUCUAUCAGCCCUUGAGUCGAAAGAUACUGCAAAGAAUGCUGGGUUGACUUCACAGAAGCAUUCUGAUGCUAAAAAGGGAAUAAGAAAGGAAACAAAUACAGGCGGUGUCAUUGAUCUGUUCCCAUCAAAAACAAAAGUUGAACCCCUUAAGAAGAGCUCAGUUGAUGAAAAUAUUAGUUCGAAAACUUCAGAUCAGGCUCGUUUUGGGGUAGCAUCUGGUAGUAAGGUUUUGGCACCAAAGAAUAUUCUGCUGAAAGAUUUAAUGCAUGAUAACAAUAUCGCUCCAUGGGAGAAAGCACUUAAAUCUGCGAAAGCAAUGAAGAUGUCUGGUGCUACAGAGACAGAAAAAAGGCCAAGCGUCUUGAAAAUUAUGAUUCCCGAUGAUGACAAUGACCCUUGGGAGAAGGCAGUUGCUGCAACUCGUCCCCUUUCUUCAGUAGCAAAGCUGAACACAUCAGUUACCAAGCGACAAGUCAUUCAGCUAAAUAUGCCGAUGGAAAAUAAAUCUGCUUUUGCGCGCAGGAUGGAUGCUGGAGCAAAGCGGUUGAAGCCUCCUAGGUUGGACGACUGGUACAGACCUAUGUUAGAAAUUGAUUACUUUUCAACUGUGGGACUUUCUCCUGAAGAUCAAGAAGAGAGUGAAACUAGUGCAAAACUUAAGAAGGUGCCUAUGUGUUUUAAAUCACCUGAUCAUUACGUGGAUAUUUUCCGGCCUUUGGUACUGGAGGAAUUCAAAGCUCAACUUCGUACUUCUUACGCAGAGUCGUCUUCAUCAGAAGAGAUGUGGUCUGAUUUUGUAUCUGUUGUGUCAGUUGAUAGGGUUGAUGAUUUUAAUCUUGUUCGCUGUGUCCCUAGUGACGGUGAAUCUGUUGAAUCUAAGUGUUCCGAAAAUGACCUGGUUUUGCUAACCAGACAGCCUCUGCAAAAAUCUGCUCAGGAUGUUCAUAUCGUUGGGAAGGUUGAUAGGCGCGAAAAGGACCACAAAAGAAGGUCAAUUAUCCUAGUUAUCAGGUUGUAUCUUCAAAAUGGCUCAACACGUUUUAACAAAGCAAAAAGGCUCUUAGUAGAUCGUAGCAAAUGGUAUCUAACUCGGAUCAUGAGCCUUACUUCUCAACUUCGAGAAUUUCAGGCUCUGUCAUCCUUGAAUGAUAUACCUGUACUUCCAGUCAUCUUGAAGCCAACAGUUCAUUCCAUUGAUUUUAACAAAUCUAGAAAAAUUGAACUCGGAAAGCUACCAGAACCUCUAGCACGAGUGUUCAAGUCGUCAUUCAAUGACAGUCAGCUCCAAGCUAUUAGUGAUGCUAUUGGAAAUAAUGUUACAAGUAGGGACUUUGAGUUGUCCCUUAUCCAGGGUCCUCCAGGUACAGGGAAAACUCGGACAAUUCUAGCUAUCGUUAGUGCAUUACUUGCUUUACCGCCCCCACGAAGGAUUGAUGCAUUAAUGAACACCAAUAACCCAAGAUCAAUGGACAAUCAGUCUGAUGCUGUUUCCAAAGCUUGGCAAGAUGCUGCUGUUGCUAGAAAAUUGAGUGAAGGAGAAGAUAAUUCCAACAAGUACAUGGAGAAUAUAGGCAGAGGAAGGGUCCUAAUCUGUGCUCAAUCAAAUGCGGCUGUGGAUGAGCUAGUAUCAAGAAUUUCCAACCAAGGCUUAUAUGGAAGUGAUGGGAAAAUGUAUAGACCCUAUCUGGUAAGAGUUGGAAAUCAGAGAACAGUCCAUCCAUGUUCACUACCAUUCUUUAUUGAUACAUUGGUUGAUCAAAGGGUGGCAGAAGAAAAAAUGAACGAAAAUGAUGAGAAAAAUGAUUUGAAUGGAGACGCUUCAAUGAGACUUCGUGCUAGUCUUGAACAGCUAAGUGACAGAAUUAGAUUCUAUGAAGCUAAGCGUGCAAACUUAAAAGAUGGAAAUUCAGACUCAAAAACUUUGCCAGAAAGUGGGGUUCCUAAGGAGGAUGAUGCGAAAGAAAUGUCUGAUGCAGCACUUGGGGAGAAGUUACAAAAAAUGUAUGAACAAAAGAGACAGAUUUGUAGAGAUCUCGGUGUUUCUCAAUCGCGUGAUAGGAAAGCUUCUGAAGAAAUCAGGGCGCUCAGAAAUAAAAUACGAAAGUCUAUAUUGAAGGAAGCUAAAAUAGUGGUGACUACAUUGAGUGGUUGUGGUGGAGAUCUUUAUGGUGUUUGCUCAGAAUCUAUAUCGGCUUAUAAGUUUGGGAAUUCCUCCGAACACACUCUGUUUGAUGCUGUUGUGAUUGAUGAAGCUGCUCAAGCUCUGGAACCAGCUACUUUAAUUCCCCUUCAGCUGCUAAAAUCAAACGGAACUAAAUGCAUUAUGGUUGGUGAUCCAAAGCAAUUGCCUGCAACAGUACUUUCUCAGGUUGCCAGCAAGUAUCUUUACGAGUGUAGCAUGUUUGAGCGCUUGCAAAGGGCGGGUCACCCUGUCACCAUGCUGACCAAACAGUAUAGGAUGCACCCUGAGAUUUGCCAGUUUCCUUCUUUGCAUUUUUAUGACAACAAAUUACUGAAUGGUGAUCAAAUGGCCAGCAAAGUAGCACCAUUUCACGAGGACAGAUAUCUUGGACCUUACAUAUUCUUUGAUGUCGCCGAGGGCCAAGAAAGUCGAGGGAGGAGUUCCGGUUCACAGUCCCUCUGUAAUGAGUCCGAAGCAGAAGCUGCUGUUGAAGUACUUCGUUUUUUCAAAAAGAGGUACCCGGCUGAAUUUGUUGGCGGGCGAAUGGGUGUCAUCUCUCCAUAUAAGAGUCAAGUUUCAUUAUUGCGUUCCCGGUUUUCUAGUGCAUUUGGACCUGCUUCUACUGCUGAUAUGGAAUUCAACACUGUUGAUGGUUAUCAAGGCCGUGAGGUAGAUAUUUUGAUACUUUCCACAGUAAGGGGGUCCGAUCAAAGUUCUGCAGCACCUGGGAUCAACACUGGUGGUAUUGGUUUUGUUGCUGAUGUAAGACGGAUGAAUGUAGCUCUGACAAGGGCAAAGCUUGCUCUCUGGGUUUUUGGUAAUGCAGCUACACUACAGAAUAACCGAAGUUGGGGUGCCUUAGUCAAGAAUGCUGAAAAAAGAAAUUUGAUUGUAUCACUAAAUAGGCCAUAUUGGUCUGUCUUUAAGAAGUCCUUUUCAGACACUCAGAAAAUACCACUUCUUCCUAGUUCUGAUUCUCAUAACAAACAUGCAAAGCCUCCCGAGAGCAUAAAAACAGAUACUACAAAAUAUGCUGAUGAGAAUGAGCAGAACAGUGAGAAAGCCUCUGAAAGCAUGGCUGAGAAUGCUAAUAAUAAAUUUGGAAGAAAAAGGAACAGACCUAUCUCCGAUGAUAGGAAUAAAAAGCCCAUAAAGGAGGAUCUUCCAAUUGAAGUAGGUGUACAACAGGAUGGCAGAAAGCGGCCAAAGGAUAUGAAGGAUCCUGCGAGAAGAGAACAUGCAAAGUUCAACCAAGCAAAAGGCAAAGAGAUUGCGAGGGGGCAAGAUGAGAAGUCAAGAAGUGUGACCAAGUCAGUACCACAGCAAGAAACAGUUACCAGUGAUAAAACUUUGACCGAAACAGAGUCGGGGAGUUCACUCUCCUCUACGGAAGGCAAGGAUCAAGAAAAUGAAGUGAAGGAUGAUGGAAAAGAAACAAUAACAAUUGAGACACCCACCAAGGGGCUAAUAGCAAGAAGGAAGCGACAAAGAGAUGCUGUCGAUGCCUUGUUACCUUCAGCUUUCAUACCUUCGAAGAAGAUUGGGACAAGACAGAAGUCUGAGUCUGUCAAAAGACCUCGCUCUCCCACCGCAACUACAAGUGGUGCUCAAAUCAAGCCACCCAAACCUAAGAAAGGUACACCGCAAGAUAGGGAAGCUGUGUGAACUGUUACCAAGGUGCAUAAGUCCCAUAUAUAAACGAAAGCUCUUCAGGUAAUACAUGCUUGAAUGCAGAAUGAAAGCUCUUUCAAGGAUCUGUUUCCAAAUUCGGGAGGAGGUUGGACAAUUCCGCAACAACUACCAACUCCCACAAGCCCCCUCCAGAAGGUACCUGGUUCAGUCUUUUGGUUUCUCCCACUUAGCACCAUCAAUGAAUGAGCCUUUCUCUACUCUUGUCAAAUGGUGUACAUGCAGUUUUGACUAUCAGAAAAGGAUCCACUGUACAAAAACUAGUUUACGUUAAGUAAAAGCAGGCCUCUGAUUAAUUUUGUUUUCUUCAUUUGUAAAAACCUAGGUCAGGCCCUCUUACAGUAUAUUUGUAUAUGUUAUCAAUGAAAUCAAUCUGCGUUUAGAAACAAAGUCCUUUCUUUUACCAA